CUGCCAGUCGUAUCUUUGAUCUUGAUGUUAAUACACCAAUGGUUCCAUUGCAUCUUGCAGACGCAAACUGGAUCGCUUGUGAGAUGGUGAAGUCUUUAUUGUUGAACAAAAAAAAAGAUCGCAAAAUUAAUCACAAUCUUUUUGACAAUGUUCCUGAGCCCCUUUCCGGAUCGAUGUUGGGUGGUAUGGCUAACCUCCGUGUUAAUUCAAGUAAUGCCUCUGGUCCCUCUCUUUCAUCUUUUACGCGUACCAUGUCCACGGAUGACAAUGCUUACGAUGAUAUUCCGAUGGAAGCUUACUCGAUCACAAACGAUGAAAUUGUUCCAACUUUCUCUGUUCCUUCUAGGCCACCUACCACACCUACCACACCUACCUCAUCUAUGCCACCUACUCCAUCUAUGCCAUCUAUGCCACCUACCACACCUACCACACCUACCUCAUCUAUGCCACUUACCUCAUCUAUACCACCUACUCCAUCUACGCCAUCUAUGCCACCUACUCCAUCUAUGCCAACAAUCACAUCAGUACCCUCUCCCACUUCUGAAUUUCUCGCAUCUACCUCUCCCCCGACAUCUUCCUCGCUUCCAGUCAUACCUCCCCCUUCACCUUCUUUACCAUCUCCUUCACUGUCAUUACCCCCCUCUGGCCCCAUGGCUUCAUCUACUCCUUCUGGUUCGUCUGCUGCCUCUACUUCUGUGCCUGUCUCUUUGGAUGUUGGUGACAAAAAUAGCAAGAAUAACAAAAGAAAAGCCAAAGAAGCAAAACAAAAGCCAGAUAAGCGCCUUCCAAGAGGGUCUCGUAGUUUAGGUGGGGAAUUAUUUUCUCUCUGAGUUUUAACUUGCCCUAUUUAAAACUUUUUUUUUUUUUCCUUUUCUUUUCUUUUUUCUCUCUCCU